AAAAUCGUGUGUGAUAACGCGCACCCAAAAUAUACCAGAAAUUGUCAUAAAUUGUAGUUUUAACACCAAUAACAAAGGUCUACUUUGUUGUAACCUAAGAUUGGUUGGACGUCAAACUGACAGGUGUCAAGUCAAGCCAAAAAUAAAUAAAUUCAUGUUUAUAUCUCCUCCAGUUUAAAGGAAAAAAUUUCGCGUCAAAAUGAUGCAACAAUAUAUGAAAGAACUGGAGCAGGAACCGUUUGAUGCUGAAGAAUUUGUUGAAAGAUUAGCUUGGCGCACAAUAGCUGAAACAAAAAAUGACGGUGAUGAGGACUUUAAUCCAACAUUGCUGCAUGACUCGUUUGUUCAAGCUAUUAAAGACUUAACUUUGCUCCAAGAAAGGCAAAAAAAGAAAUGUGAAAGGCUCGAAGCCGCCGUACGCGAAGACGAAGCAUUGUUUUUUCAAAAAAUCCACGAUUUAUUGGGGCAAAAUAAACAAGCCAUUGAUACGUUUCAAGAGCUAGACGGAAAAAUUAACCAUGUGGCGACAAAAGUCCUACACUUGGGUGACCAGUUAGAUAGUGUUAACGGACCUAGGGCAAGAGUUGUUGAUGCAAAAAAUCUAAUGACACAUUUGAAUGAAUUCUUACAAACUGGCCCUCUCACUUCAGAAAUCUUCACCGACUCGUCAAAAAUUGAUGAAGCGGCAGAAGUGAUACAAAAGUUGUAUUUAAUUUCACAAGACCUGCCCUCACCAAAAUUUGAGGGCUUAAAGCGCAAAAUUGAAAGAAAGUACGAUGAGACAGAGCGGACUUUAAUUGAAGAAUUCUCAAAUGCGCAAAGGAGGGACGAUUUCAAAAGAAUGAAAGAAAUCGCUAAUGUUUUAUCACAAUUUAAAGGCUACCCCCAGUGCGUUGAUGCUUACAUUGAACGGAGUCAAGCUGGUUGCUUGUUGAGUAAAGAUGUAUUUUCGCGUUUGUUUCCCUUAUGUGAACUAAACUACGAUGUUAUUAAGAAAGUAUUUAAUAACCCGGAACAAGUAUUGGCAAAAUUUGUCCUAAAUUUGUAUCAUUUGAAACUGCAAGAGUACAUCGCGUCAAAACUAUCCUCGAAAUUAGAUAGUUACAAUUAUUUAAAAACUUUGUACGAGUUAUAUGACAGAACCAAUCAGUUAUCGCAAGAUUUAUCCGUUUUUAACAUGGGGAGCGACAAAAACUAUUUAAAUAAGCUAACAAGUAACAUUUUCAAUAAAUACAUCGAUAAUUACAUAGCAUUAGAACUAAAGUGUCUCAAAGAACGCAGUUCUGCCAAUUUGCAACGUUACUACGAAUCAAAAAACCACCAAAAGAAACAGAUCCAAUCUGGCGGGUUCCAAGACUUGAGACGCGACAUCCAGGCCGUAAUUGGGACAAGGGCCAACAUUAACAUAGCCCAGAUUGAAAAUUAUGGUGGCGAAACAUUCCUGUCUGAGGAAUUAGCAAUUACAAUUUUGCAAGACACGAAACAAGCGUUCCAGCGUUGUCAGCUGCUUUCAAAGCCUGAAGACAAGGCGUCCAAUGCCAGUCAAAUUUUAGACCGUUUGCUCAAUUCUUUGCUAAUUGAACACGUAGAUUAUGCGCUGGAGUUGGGGCUUCAGGCGAUUCCUGUGGUAGAAGGGUCCAAGAAUCCUCCAACUUUGUAUUUCUUCACAGUGGUGCACCAGAGCAACAAUAUAACGCACUUGCUUGAGAAACAAAUCACUGAUUUAGCGGUGCCUCUCAUUAUAAAUACGCCAAAAUACAGCGAUUGCAUGCAAAAGAAAAAGUUUAUUUUGGAGGAUAUUGAACGGAAAGUUAACACCGGACUGGACAGAACUUUGAAUGCUGUGGGAAGUUGGGUAAAAGUCUACCUGCAAUCAGAGCAGAAAAAAACCGAUUUUAAACCAGAAACUGACGACUUCGAUACGGUCGCUUCUCCGGCGUGCAAAGCAGUUUCCCAAUACAUAAGUAAUGUAAUUAAGGAGAUCAAAGACAAUUUGGACGGUAACAACGUUACUGCCAUUUUGCAAGAGCUGGGAAUUCGAUUACAUCGCGUUAUUUACGAUCAUUUAUUGCAGUUUCAGUUCAACACCGCGGGUGCAAUGGUCGCAAUUUGUGAUUUAAAUGAGUACCGAUCAUGUACUAAACAUUUAGGUCCGCUUGUGGCCGAGUUGUUCGAAACUUUGCAUGCGCUGUGCAAUUUAUUAUUAGUGAAGCCAGAAAAUUUGCAACAAGUGUGUUCAGAGGAUUCUCUGGUGAAUCUCGACCGCUCGGUUUUGCACAACUUUAUCCAGCUUCGGAGCGAUUUCAAGACACAAAAACAAAAUUUUCUCAAAGUGUAAUAAGGAAUUAUUUGUUAAAUGAUUAAAUAAUAAAGGCAUAUAUUUACUA